AUGUUUUGUCAUUAUACUCAAUGUAGGAAAAAGUUGCACUUACAACUGUUAGAUAUGUCAAACAAUAUUAAAAAGUAUCAGAAAAUAUUGCAAGUUGCAGCUGAGGUUACCUUUUCUGCGGGAGUUGCUAAAUUUUACUUCCUGAACAAUCCAUCAGUUAAUUCUAGAUCGGGUAAUGCACGAAUGAGUUCAACUCUUAACUAUUUCAAAUAUGAAAUUCACGGAAGUUUGGUUAACAUAACACUUAACAACAACAGAAAACCUUGA